CGACUUUUUUUGAAAAAAAUAACGAUAUUUUGUUAUAUCGAUAGUUUUUGCCCAAUCCUAUGUCAGUUUGUAGAGUUUACUAUUGAUAUGAACGCUAAUAAAUUUAAUAUAAGUUAUGCCAAAGCCUUGGAAUAUUGGUCUGAAAUUCCUCCAACAGUAGAUGGAGUGCUUGGAGGUUUUGGAUUCAUAUCGGAAUUAGAUAUCAAUGGUUCGAAAUUAUUUCUCGAGUCUCUACUUUCAUCAGAAAAUGCUCCCGGAUGUAGCUUAGCAUUAGAUUGUGGUGCUGGCAUAGGAAGAAUAACUAAGGAUUUGUUAAUACAUCACUUUGAAGCUGUUGAUGUUGUAGAGCCCGACCUAAAAUUCAUAAAUUCUAUUAGAGAAUUUGUUGGAGAUGGGCAAUUAAAAAUAAGAAGACUUUAUAAUGUUGGCCUGCAAGAAUUUAUACCUGAAAACAAAUAUGAUAUCAUAUGGAACCAAUGGGUUCUAGGUUACCUUACAGAUGAAGAUUUAGUAUCCUACCUAAUUCGAUGCAGAGAUGCACUAGCUCCCAGCGGUGUCAUUGUUGUAAAAGAAAAUGUGACAUCUACAGGUAAAACAGAAAAAGAUGAGACUGAUUCUUCAAUAACAAGGUCACUUAAACAAUUUAUAAAAAUAUUCAAAAGCGCUAGUUUAAAAAGAAUUAAACAAUGUAAGCAAACAAAUUUCCCUAAUGGUAUUUACCCUAUCAUUAAAUGCCGGCGUAUCACGGUGUGCCCGGGCAUACCACGAUUUGGCCAAUACAACGAUCGGGCGACGACACAUAAAACUUUAGGAACCGUAAGGUUGAAUGUUGGGGUUCCUAUUGUGGUGAUGGAGACAACUGACCAGGGAGACUAA